AGGAAACAAGGAUGCUCGCAGCUGCCGAGGCUGUGCAUCGGCAUUAGGUGAGUGCACCACAGCGCAGGCCCCAGUCUUUCUACCUUUUACUCCCACUUUCCCCCUUCUUCAUAUCUGUUUUAUUCUUUUUCGUCGAUUUUUUUCUGUAUCAGCCAUAUAAUUGUUCCUCAUGGCCUAUCGAGACCCGUAUGCUGCGCAGUACGGCCGUCACCAGCAGCCCCAUGCCACCUACGAUGAGGGCGCUUACGACAACUACGGCUCUGGCUAUAGAGACGAUCCCACAGACGCUCGCGGUCCGCAACGGCAGGCCACCACGAGAAGUCACAUCAGCACGGGUUCCGUUGAUGCACCCAUGGGUGUCAGAACCCGAGACACUGACACUGUUAGUGGCUUUGACCAUGGCGAAUUUCCGCCCAAGGAAAAAGUUCCUCAAACCUUGAAGAGCUAUCGACACGAAACGCAAGGAAAUCUAUGGACAAGAGGAGGACGUCCAAGGUGUAUUGGAAGGUUCUGCUGCUGCACCCUUCUGAUUGCCGUUUUUCUAAUUCUCAGCAUAAUCUUGUCCCUUGCUCUGUGGAUUCGGCCCCCGAACGUCACCAUUGGUGAUAUUGAGUUAGUGUCUUCGGGUGGUAGCGAGUUCGAACUCACGAAUGACGGUGUUAACAUAAACCUUGGCGUAAAUAUAACGGUGGACAAUCCGAAUUACUUUUCACUCGAUCUGAAAAAAGUAACAGCCGAGUUGUUCUACCCUCUUAAUAGUACGAGCACUGGUACGGACAUUGGAGGUGGUAAUUCUAGCAACAUCAAUUUCGCCGCGCACUCGCAGACCAAUUUUACCUUCCCGUUCGAGAUCGAAUACACCCAAUCCAAUGACCCCAGCAACGCCAUCCUCAUAAGUAUUCUUGAAAAAUGUGGAAUUCUUGGUACAUCGAGCAAUCUAGAUAUUAAUUACAAGAUAACACUCGGCAUACGCAUUCUUAUGGUGACAGUUUCACCAGUCAUUUCCAAUUCGUUCAGCUUUGCAUGUCCACUCAACUCAACAUCGCUUUCGGAUCUCAUGAGCAGUUCCGGCCUGAAUCUAACCAGUAUAGCCGGUUUAUUGGGAGAGUAGCUUUCCAUUUUCUUUCUAUUGUCAAUGUAUCAUUUACAUCAAAAUUUGGACUAUCUUCGCCUACUUAUCUGUAUGAAUCUAGCGCUGUUCUAAGAAGCGCUCC